GCAGCACUGGAAACAGCUGUGACUUGUUAAAUUCCUCACCAAAAUGCAUUUAAACAAUGUUUAUAUUACCGUGGGCACUACCAAAUUCGAUGCACUCAUAUCAGCUGUAACUUCAGAACCCGCUCUGAAGGCCCUGCAAGACCGGAAGUGCACUAGACUCCUCAUACAACACGGAAAUUCGCAACCGCUAACGGAUAAGGAAAUCCUUCUGAUUAGUAAAAACUACGGAAUCCAGAUAGAGCAGUACAAAUUCCGGCCAAACAUAGAGGAUAUCAAAUCUGCAGACCUAAUUAUUGGACACGCAGGAGCAGGAACCUGCAUGGAUAUACUAAAUAACCGAAAGCAUGGACUCAUUGUUAUUAAUGACACACUCAUGGAUAAUCACCAACUGGAGUUGGCCAAACAACUGGCCUCUGAAAACUAUCUGUACUAUUGCAAAGUUUCGGGUUUGGACACCCAGCUAACCUCCCUGGACUUUGAAGCCCUAAAACCCUAUGAAACCCAACCAGAAAAUCUUAAAAAAUUUGUUUCUGCCAUCAAUGAACUAAUGUCCCAUUGAUAACCAAUAAACAUUCCAAGAAAACCAGCCUUUUUUUAUAGCCAACCCCCAGUGGGGUUAGCUUUUGCUAUUUAUUUGAGUUUACAUGUGUAGUUAAUAAACACGAGAACGUCUA